AAAAGUCCGAGCCCUAAGCAGACUCUAAUUUCCUGAAAAAUCAGUAUGAUCAGAGAAAAUAAUGAGACUGACUCACCAUCCUCUUUGCUAAAGAAGACUUGACGCAUUCUCGUUCAGCGUUAUUCGCCACUAAGGAGAACAAGCGCCUUAAUGGUCAUGUCGUCGAACAGUUUCGAUCUCCCACUCAAAUAUCAUGCAGUCUUUCAUGCCUCAAAAACUCCUGGUGUACUUCAACAAACUUCGAAGAACCAUCCGAAAAGGACGAUAAAGGAACUUGUGAACUGAGCAAGCAUGGGAUCCUCGACGGAAAUGCCCAGUUUUAUGAUCAAAAAGGCUUCACUUUUUCUUUGAUGCUUAAGGGAUGUCUCAUGAAAGGCUGUCGUAAUGGUGGUUCUUGUUUGUUUCACGAGAUGAACCAAACAUUUUCAUGUUCCUGCAUACAUCCGUGGACUGGAGAUGACUGUCAAAUAAUUGACAAAAAUGGCUGGACUCUCAUCGCUCGAUUCUCGAACAGCGAUAGCAAGAAUUGGAUGCGUGGCAAUGGAAAAUGGUGGUAUGACCAGAAAACUGCUAUUGGAGCGACAAACAACCCUUCAAUGAACAACGAUAUGAUCUCAACAGGCUUUUGGUUGGUCAGCGGUAGCGAAAUAAAGAUCACGGGUAGUGACGAUCCCAGCCACACUCCUCUGUUACAAACCACAGGUAACUGUUCGGGUGGACAAACAUUCCGAUCGAAAAUCACAAGUUAUGGCGACUUUAGAAAUGGCACAGUUUGGGCCAGUAAUCAGUGUCUAGGAAGUUGUACGGUUCAAUAUGGCGGACAGUACAAGUCAACAGAUGGGUUUCAACAGGCUAAGUGCAGUGGAAACAUCCAAAGUGCUGACAAGAUCGGCUUCUGGUGUGACUGGGAUGAUGGUGAUGGAUCAGUGAUGAUGAUUGGUGGAGGAGGAACUAACUGUGAACGUGCAGAUCACGGGAUUGGAAUCACAGAAAGAGACGCUGCAGCAGCUAAGUGCAGUGGAAACAUCCAAAGUGCUGACAAGAUCGGCUUCUGGUGUGACUGGGAUGAUGGUGAUGGAUCAGUGAUGAUGAUUGGUGGAGGAGGAACUAACUGUGAACGUGCAGAUCACGGGAUUGGAAUCACAGAAAGAGACGCUGCUUCUUUUGUUGAUCACGGAAGCAGUGAGAGAGACUAUGACUUUGGUUAUGAGGCUUGGGCCGGCAACGCUGUAUCCCAGUCCUACUCGUUGAACUUAUGGAUCCGUUAA